AUGUUGCUAAAAACUAAAUUUUUACAAAUUUUGAUAUUAGUUAUUACUUAUAUGGCUAAUAAAUCUGAGGAAUCGAAUUGGACAAAGCAAAUAUAUCCAUAUCGAAAUAUUUCUACUAAAUCUAUCAUAAAUAUUACUAGUCAUGAAACCGAAGAAUGUAAAGAUUUUGAUAUAAAACUUCCUAUAUUUGAAAUUACUGGUAAUUUUUGCAAAAUUGAAACUGGAAAUAUAGUAGGAAAUUUUUCUUUGGACUUUGACUUGUAUUUUUUAUUCGGAUAUAUUUCAUUUGAUCUGAAUAAUAAUACUUGCUUUUCGAGCAAACUUGCUUUGUCAGUUCUUUUUACAGAUACUUAUAAUGCAACUUUACAGCUUUUCUGUUUCUAA